AUGUUUCGAACAAGCGGCAAAGGAGGAUUCCAAAAUGCUCGCGCGCCACCAUCGAAGCAGGUUGACGGAGAUCGUCUGAUUCACAAACGAAAAGCAGAUGACAUCAUCAAAGAGUUUCUAAAUAGUGGACACCGUCACAAGACACUAGACGCAAUGUCUCGAGAAAUGAGAAAAGUGAUGCAUGACGUGGCUCGAAACAAUGGUCUUGUCACACGUAGUACUGGAAAAGAGCCUGACAGAUUUAUAAUUCUUUCGUACCGAGAGAAUCGGCUGACAAGAUCGACACUCAUUCAAACCGAAGCGAUUGUACCAUCAGGAGCUUGUCUCUCAGCUCUUUCUCAAUUCGUAGAACAAAAUCCAAUCACGGAAGAAGAAAUGAAUCUGUUUCUGAAGGAAAAGAGUGAAAAACAGAGCUAUACGAAGAGUAAGUGGUCUAGAGAGAAAACUGCAGUUCCUCCGAAGGCUUGCUGUUCGAAGGAUAUGCAGAAAGCGAAAGACAACCUGCCAGCUACAAAGUAUAGAGAUCAAGUUCUCGAUUCGAUUGAGAAGAAUGAAGUCGUUAUCAUCAGUGGAGGAACCGGAUGUGGAAAAACCACUCAAGUGCCACAAUUCAUUUUGGAAGAUGCACACGACAAGAAGAAAAAAGUUCGGAUUAUGGUAACACAACCACGUCGAAUCGCGGCUAUUUCGAUUGCAGAGCGUGUGGCGAAGGAGCGUGGUGAAACUCUUGGAAGUACAGUCGGUUAUCAAGUGAGACUGGAAAGCAAACACAGUGAGAAAACGAUUCUGACAUACUGCACCACUGGAGUACUUCUUCGAAUGCUCACGUCGGAUCCACUCGCUUCUGGAAUUACGCAUAUCGUUAUGGAUGAAAUUCAUGAACGAGAAAUCAACACGGAUUAUCUUCUUAUCGCACUACGAGAGUGUGUCAAACACCGAAAAGAUUUGAAAGUGAUUCUUAUGUCUGCUACGAUAGAAGGAAAUAUGAAUCUGUUCUCAGAGUACUUCCAGAAGUUGAGUGUAGACAUUAUUCGUAUCGAAUCACGAACAUUUGAUGUCAAGGUCUUCUAUAUUGACCAGAUUCUCGCAAUGUCUGGCUAUCAACCUCCCGAAUCGACGGCAUUCUUCCCAAUGUCUGAUUUCAAAAUGGAGAAUUGGAAAGAUGAGAUUGAAGCGAUUUUGGCAGAAGAAAAGAAGCAGAAGGAUAAAGCACUUGGGUCUCCAAGUCCAUUCGUUCAAAACUCAAAUAAUCAACAAGGCAGUCCUGACAAGGAAUGGGCAUUAGGGCCGUGCAGUACUCCAGACGGUGAAAUAAUAGAGGAAAGGAUCAUGAAUCAGUUCAUGAGUGUCGUCGGGUCAUCAGAUGUUCGACCAUUGACUGUCGAAUUCCACCCGAACAGUCUUGACUCGGUGUUUGUGAACGGUGUUCGCUACACAACUGAUCCGAAUCAAUCACCCGGAAUGUUGCAUAAACAAAAGGUAGACCGUGCCUUGAUGCCCGAGUGGCCACUCAUAUUUCAAUGUAAUCAGCCUUUUCCCAACACUCCGCCAGCUUUACCUUCAUCGUUUGCUCAACCUCUUGCUCAACCACUUGCUCAACCACUCGCUUCGCCUUUUGCGACGACGCCGUCGACCGCAUCUAGUGGACUUGCAAGGUUUUCGACGGAAGCAUUCGGAUAUGGAUCAGAACUUCGUCUUGCCAAGCUGCUUGAAGAUCAAUUCCGGAGUGAACUGAAAACGGCGGUUCCUGAAAGAACCGUCUAUUUCCAUCCAAAAAUGAAUGAGCAGAUCGAAAAAGUUGAUCUUGCGAAACUUCGUCUCGCUGAGAAGUAUGACAUGUUCUGUGGAUCACAAUACGAAAACUCAAUAGAUCAUGAUCUUCUGAGCCACGUCAUUCACUAUUUGACGGAUAGUCCAGUUUUCGGAACGAUUUUGGUGUUUCUCCCGGGUUAUGAAGAUAUCCAUCACAUGAUGGGGAGAAUCGAAAAGUGGCAGAGUAAACUGAAAAAUAUGAAGUAUGUAUCAGUAAUCCCGUUACAUUCUCAAAUGCAGAGCAUCAAUCAUCAGAACGUUUUCAAGCCAGUCAACAACGAUACGCGAAAAAUUAUCCUGGCUACGAACAUCGCCGAAGCGUCGAUCACCAUUGAAGAUGUAAUUUUUGUAGUGGACACCGGCAAAGUCAAGGAGAAGUCUUACAAUCAUGAAUCUAAAUUAAGUACUCUCGCAGUCAAAACAAUUGCAAGAAGUAAUGCUGAGCAAAGAUCAGGUCGUGCUGGAAGAGUCACCAAUGGCUACUGUAUUCGUCUCUACUCUGAAAACAAGUUCAAUUCAAUGCCAGAGACGCAAGUGGCUGAGAUGAAAAGAGCUGCGAUUUAUGAUGUGACACUUCAUGCAAAACUCUUCGCUCCGAAUAAAAUGAGAAUCUCAGAAUUCUUAGCUUUGGCACCAGAACCACCAGAGACAACUUCUAUUGCGCAGUCUAUGACGUUCCUGGAACAACUCGGUGCUUUCUAUGCACCUGAUAGAAGUACCGUUGAUCUAUCAGAAAAUGAUCAUCAAGAAGUGGAAGAAGCGCAAGAAGAUCCAGAAUUGACAAACUUAGGAAGGCUUAUGGCUAGAUUACCGCUUGAUCCACAACUGUCUAGAAUGCUUUUGUUUGGAUUGGCACUAAAAUGCCUCGGACCGAUUGUUCAUUUGGUUGCUCUACUUGCUUCUAGAGAACCAUACAUUCUUCCACAUCCAGAAGAACGGGAAAAGCAAGGAAGCAGAAAACAAGCGAUGGCAGAGCAAGACUUCUCCGAUCACCUCCUGUAUAUCCGAUUGUGCACCGCUUUCUGCUCCAUAACCAAUUACAAAGAGCAAAACGAUUUCUGUCGUGACAACUAUUUGAAUUUGUCAACAAUGAGAAUGAUCGUAGGAACACGUCGUCAACUACUCCAAGAACUCGUCAGAGCAAAACUUGUCGACGUAUCAGAUCGAGAUGUGUUAGUUUUGCUUCAAGACCCAAAUUACAACACGCAUUCGAACAGUUGGACGAUGGUCCAGGCAGCUAUUGCAGCUGGAUGUUAUCCGUCUAUAGGUGUCAGUUCUACAGAUACGAAUUUGAAGAAGGUGCAAACAUCGAACGAUCAAUCUGCAUGUCUUCAUCCGUCAUCGAUGCUUAAAAAACAAAUCGGGAAGAUAAAGCAAACAAUGAGAAGUACAGGGCCUCGCCUGGAGUACGUUGUUUUCCAAGAAAUGUGUCAGUUAACUUCUGAUAUGUCUUUAUCGAUAAAAAUGGUCACUGCUAUCCCAUCCCUUACUGCGUUGCUAUUUACUGGUCCGAUCAGAUUGAGACAACAAAUGAUUGAAGAGUAUGGAAUUGUGUGCGAAGAAGGGGAAGAUUUUACCUUGGAAGAAGAACCGUACGAUUUCUCAUCAGAUUUUUGUACUUUCGAUGUGGAUGAGUGGUAUAAUGUGAAAGCUGAUAGGAAAAUAAUGCGCCAUUUUCUCCGUCUUCGUCACAAGUUUAUGCAAUUCUUCUUGGAAGGAAUAGCAAGUUCUCAGAGUUUUGGUCAGGGUACCAAUGAUAAUCAACUGAAAAUGCUCGAAGUUAUUCGUCAUUUAUUGGAUUCGGAGCACACUCGUUACAGUUUCUCGCCUGUCGAUAUGCCAUCUUCGGCCACGUUGUCAGGUUACAGAAAGCAAGAAUAUAAGAAAUCUGUAGAAUACUCGAGAAAAGAACCAAGGAACUACAAAAAGAGUAUGAAUGAAUUCGAUCAUGCUGGAGGACCGAGAAAUGGAGGAAACCGGAAUUCGUCGUUUCAACAAAAUCAAUCCCUUCCUCAUGCAUCGUUCCAACCGAAUAUAAGUUGCAUUUCACCAUUUGAUUCUUCAUUUCCUUCUGAUGUUCGAAACUCCAGUUAUGUUUCUUCACGUGUUCAUGGCUCUAACAGCUUUGGUGAUUCCAAUCAUUACGAGCAUAGCGCAAAGUCGUGGUCUCGAAAACCUGGCUUCAUCCCAUCUGUCCAGGUGCAGAACGCUGACAAUUCCGGGAAAAAUUCGUAUCUUCAAAAACCGUGGGGUUCCCAAAACUACCAGCCUAAUAGAGGGCAUUGGAGUGGAAAUGAGAAAAGGUAUCAACCACACAACAGUCAGAUAGAGACGAGUCCACUGAAGAAAGUAGAAGCGCAACACGAUCAUUUGUACAGUCAUUCGAGUCAAAAAGUCGCGAAUUCUGCCGGAAAUUGCACGUUGAGAGGUGGAAGAGUGGCUCGAGGUUCUAAGACGUCACACGGGCGCGGCGGGAUCAACCACUCGUAG